UGGCGCAGUUCCACCGCCUCACGUUGGCCGAAUCCUUGCAACUCGUCGAGGAGCUCGACUGCCAAAUCGCUGACGACUGUAUCGACUCCCGCUGUGUACCGAGGUUGAACAACAUGGAAUGGAACGUGACAGCGCUGCAAGCGGCUGAUCUCAGGCAUCAUAUCCUGUCCCAGUCAGUGCGUGCUGUUCGGCGCAUCACAAGAGCCACGGUCAGCAGGAUGAAUUGUGAGGGGCGGCGUCGUGUUCAGUUAGUGUGGUUGGAUAAACCUGAUCUGCAGGCCCAGGCGGCUGUUUUCCGGGAACGACUCUCCAGCUACUGGCGGGACUUGGCGCAGCUGCUCUCACUCGGUGCGACGCACUUCUCACAGCUGUUGGUUCCCCUCGCAUUUGAACGAAUGGGUAACAACGCAAGUGAUCAGCAACUCCACGGUUGGAUUAAGGACAUGGAACGUGUGAAAGACAUGCUGCGUACGAAAUUAACCGGAUGGUUACAGGACUUGCAAUUCGCCAGCAAACAGGUGGAGCACUACGAGGUGGAAGAAGACAAGGAUGGGCCAGGGAACUUGACAAUCAGUUUCAAUGGCCUCAGUAUUAUGAUAACAGAAACAGGGUCACAUGUUGCAGCACGCUUGAGGCAGCUGCAUGUCCUGCCCGCUGCUGUGACGUCACAUGAUGAUCAAAUCUAA